GCCGGCGGGCCUUGAGUGCCGAUGGCGUUCGUGCUGCUGAAGCGUUGCGGCCGGCGGGCGUCGUGCCUGCCGCGGCGGCUGCAGAGAGAGCCCCAGGCUGGACCCUUGGGAAAUUAUGGUUGUCUUGACUGUACAUCUCUGAGAUUAAUAAAUCAUGCGCAUAUUCAUCUUAAAUAUUGUCCUAGUGUUUCCCCUGUUUUCCUUUACUCUGCAAAAGAUGGUUAUAAUUGUUGGACUGAACAAAGGCACUUUUUACCAUUGAGAGCACCUGACUUGUGGUCAUUUCCUGCUAAUAGGGGCAGUCAGGUGCCGUAUUAUUUUCCAGUACGGCACUGGCAUUCUUCGCAAUCUAAUUACGAUGACUCCGUUGUAGAAAAGUCAUUAAAGUCACUCAAGGAUAAAAAUAAGAAGCUGGAAGAAGGAGGCCCUGUAUAUAGUCCAACAGUAGAAGAAAGCAUAGUUAAAAGAUCUCUUGGGCAGAGGAUUGUUGAUGAACUCAAGCACUACUACCACGGCUUUCGAUUGUUGUGGAUUGAUACAAAAAUUGCGGCACGUAUGCUCUGGCAAAUUCUCCAUGGCAACACUUUAUCCCGUCGAGAACGGAGACAGUUCCUUCGGAUAUGCGCAGACCUCUUUCGGCUGGUCCCUUUUCUGGUCUUCCUUGUUGUCCCGUUCAUGGAGUUCCUGCUUCCAGUCGCCUUAAAACUGUUCCCCAAUAUGCUCCCUUCAACAUUUGAGACAAAGUCUAAGAAGGAAGAGAGACUGAAGAAGGAAUUAAGAGUGAAGCUUGAACUGGCUAAAUUUCUUCAGGAUACUAUUGAAGAGAUAGCUUUAAAAAACAAAGCCGCUAAAGGAAAUGUUACUAAAGACUUUUCAACCUUUUUUCAAAAGAUCAGAGAGACUGGUGAAAGACCCAGCAACGAAGAAAUUUUACGGUUCUCUAAGCUGUUUGAAGAUGAGCUAACCCUUGAUAAUCUCACAAGACCACAGUUAGUUGCACUCUGUAAACUGCUAGAACUUCAGUCAAUUGGGACAAAUAACUUUCUUCGCUUCCAGCUGACGAUGAAACUGAGAUCUAUAAAAGCAGAUGAUAAACUGAUAGCUGAGGAGGGUGUGGAUACCCUGACGGUUAAAGAGCUCCAAGCCGCAUGCCGAGCCAGGGGGAUGAGAGCGCUUGGUGUGACAGAAGAACGUUUAAAGGAGCAACUUAAGCAGUGGUUGGACUUGCACUUGAACCAGGAAAUCCCGACUUCGCUGCUUAUUUUAUCCAGAGCGAUGUAUCUUCCAGAUACACUGUCACCAGCAGACCAGCUUAAAACAACACUGCAAACACUACCUGAAAGUGUGGCCAAAGAAGCUCAAGUGAAAGCAGCAGAAGUGGAAGGCGAGAAAGUUGACAAUAAAACCAGAUUGGAAGCAACACUCCAGGAGGAAGAAGCUAUUAGGAAAGAAAAUGAGGAAAAAGAGUUGGAAAGGCUGUCUGAAGCUGCCGAAAAGGCAAAAGAAAUCCUUCAAGUUGCUGCCAGGAAAGAAGUGGAGUCUGCAAUAGAUCUUGAUUCUGCAGCUGUACAUACAAAGAAAAGCCAGAUAGCUAUGGAUGCUGAAGAAGAACUGGCAAAGGUAGAUUUAACCCUGCAUUCAGAGACAUUAAAAGACACAGCACCAGUACUGGAAGGCAUUAAGGGUGAAGAAAUAACCAAAGAAGAGAUUGACUUGCUGAGUGAUGCUUGCACCAAAUUGAAGGAACAGAAGAAAUUACUGACCAAAGAAAAAGAGGAACUAGAGGAGCUGAAGGAUGAUGUGCAGGAGUAUAAUGAGGAUUUGCAAGAAAUAAAGGAAUUAUCUAAGGAGGGACAAGAAGAAAUAGUAGAAGAGUCCAAAGCAAGCAAGAGGUUAACCAAACGAGUGAACCGGAUGAUUGGGCAGAUUGACAAAAUUAUUGGGGAGCUGGAGACGGACCAAAAAGUAGUGGAUGGGCAGCUGGACAGUGGUGCUAGUCCUCCCAUUGGGUUGUGUUUCCCAUUUAGGGAAAAUCUCAUCAGUAUCAAUGAGCUCAUUAAUGUGAUGAAACAGAUUCAGAAAAUUCCAGAAAGCAAAUUGAACAGGCUUGCGGAAGCGCUGGAUGAAAACAAAGAUGGCAAAAUUGACAUAGAUGAUGUUGUGAAGGUAGUAGAUCUGAUUGACAAGGAAGAUAUUGAUAUCUCAACUAGCCAAGUAGCAGAAAUCAUGUCUCUGUUGCAAAAGGAAGAAAAACUGGAAGAAAAAGAGAAGGCAAGAGAGAAGGCUGAGAAGGAAACGGUAGAAGUGAAGAAUUAGUCUCACUUCAAACUUGAACUUAAUGGAAUAAUUUUGUAUAUUUGUCCAGCACCUAGAUUUGUAAAAUGAUGGAAAACACUGUUGAUUGGAGAGGUAGAAUGAAAUGUUUCACCAUGAUCAGUCACAAGCAUUUUAAUCAUCAUUCCAUGAAGAUGAAGAGCUUCGCCUUUGGUGUUUGAGCUUAUUUCUCCUUCUGGAGUCCUAUGCCCUCUAUGCUGUGGUGAUAAAGUACACUUAAUAGUCCAAAAAUCAUGCCACAAAUCAGAAAUAUAUCAUGGAUGAAUACUUUAAAAUGGCUCUCUUCCUUGAACUGUGUAAAAAAAAAACCCACCAUUUUAAAUAAACUUUCAUUAGCAGGAAGACUUUCCUUCUUACUUCACAGAAAAGUUAAAACCUGUAUAGCAUUGCUAACAGCUCAGAGGCCAUUGGGGGGAAAAUGAUUUGCAUUUUUAUCUAUUACAUUUCUAAAAGGAUUUAUCCAGACUACAUCAUAAUUUAGUUCUAAAAGCACUCUGAUUGCACUCGGGCUGUUAGGAUUUUAAGAACCACACAGUGUUCAGACUUCUUUCCCCCAUAGCAUUUUCAUGACUGGGUUUGCCAGUUUCACAAUGGUAAAUACUAAGUUGGAAACCCUUGUGGACUCACUGAGGGGAAAUCUUCUUCUUCUCUACUGAAGCUGCUCCUCGCGCUGACUCUGCUGUGCUCUCUUGCCAUCUUCUGCUCCCCUUUUGCCCCGAUGGCUUCAGCUAUAGCUCCUCCCAGUUCUUGAGUCAUUUGCUCCACAUCUUUACUUCUUUCUUAUCUCUUCUCCUCACCUCUCCUGUGAUAUUUCACCUGAUUCUUAGGACCUUGGCAACCCAGAAUGGCAGCCAUUUAAGGUGUCCCAGGCCAACACUGAAAAUGUUGCUGAGUCCCCAGUCUUGUUUAGAAAAUUUUCUGUAGAGUUUGCUGAAGGGCUUAGGCCUCUGCAUGUUGGUUUCCCAAGGCUUUGUAAAAGCCCUCAAUCUUUUCUAUAAUUUCUACAGUAAUGUCUGAGGCUGUGGGCUUUGCAAUAUCGUCUGUAGCUGCCUAGGCAACCUAAAAUGGUUGCUGAGAUCUCAAAGUAGUUUCAUGAGAUUUCAAACUCAAUUUGUUCUUUUGUAAUGUUUUUUUUUUAAUUUCAUCCCUCUCCCCGUUGUGCUUUUUUCUAAAAUUUUUCUGCAAAACGGGGGCUUGCUCCUAGUUUGUAGAAAUUUCUACUGUAGCCCUGUGUGGCUUCCCCAUGGAGACUUUUUGAUCCGCAUAGGAGCCAUACUUGGCAGCAUGUCCAAAGCAGAUACAAGAGAGCACUUGACUCUAGGGAGAAAAAAGAAAGCAGUAGCUGGAAGAGUCUUCGUAUUUCUUCCCCUAUGUCCCCACCAGUACACACGUUUUUCUCUCAGUGAACAAGAAUCAAUGGCUGACUCUGCUUUAGUUCUUUCCAGCCAGCCUCCCUUUCUUUGGAAAAAGAGCUCCCACCUUAACUUGGGUCACUCUAAAACUCUCAGUCCCAGCAAGCAGCAGCUAUCUCCUUCCUGUACUCUUCCUGAUACUGUCUCCUGUUUCUUCCCCAUCUGGAAGGGUGGCUGUUUGCAGAGGUGAUGCAUUGUUGACUGAGGGUGGGAGGAGAAGAGGCUUUGGAGCUGGUAGGCCUGACUGAGGCAUAACUAGCUUUGCUUUUCUGAGGAUGAAUGUUUCACGUGACCCAAAGAAAAUGAGAACUUAGAAUUCCUGAAGGACCAGACCAUGCUAAAAGUAAAUUGCUUUUUAUAGUACUAAAGCAAAAAGGAAGCAAACCUUUAAAUGUUUUUAAAUUCAUUCUAAUUCUCUCUCUCUCUCUCUCUCUCUCUCUCUCUCUCUCUCUCUCUCUCUC